AUCAUAUACACUUUAAAAACAACUUAAAUCGAAAUGGCCGAUCAACAGUCUCAGCCUCAACAAACCAUCGUCUCGCGUGUUGCUGCCGUACCCAUUGUAGCAUACAUUUCGUCACGCGCCACCUCUCUAUAUGAACAUGGAAAGAAGACCAGCGUUUAUUUCAAUAACGCUGCCACGUUCCUGGAGAAUCAGAAGUCCGUUCUGUACGAGUAUGUAUCCCCUGUUUUUGACAAUAAGUCUUUCAUGGCGUACCUGACCAAGGCUAACGAUGUUUUGCUCAGCAACUUUAACUUUGUAGUUGAGAAGUACCCCGUUAUUGAGACACCCGCCGAGGAUAUCAUCGAUGCAGCUGCCGCCAAGAAAGCACAGGUCCUAGACCAAGCUAACGCUCAGUUAGUUAGUGCAAGUGAGAAAGUCAACCAACAAUACCAAAGCACAAAGGAGAGCGUCAGCCAGCAAUACAGCACCGUGUCCGAGGCUGUUGUCGAGAAGGUCAACAUGGCUAAAGAUCAAUACAACGAGAAAGCCGCCCCAGUUGUUGCCGAAAUAAAGACUCAAGCUGAGCCUAUCAUCGCGGAUUUGCAAGAGCGUGUCGCGCCUGUUGUUGCCAACAUCAAGGAGCAAGCCAGCCCCAUUGUUGAAUCUGUUCAAAAGCAGUACAACGAGCUAACCAACUCGGAAACCACCGCACAGGAAUAAAUUGUAAAUACAAUUCUUUCAUAUCAUUAAAAAACUGAUUUAAUAUUAGAUUCACAAAUAGUGCAAAAUA